AAUAACAAAAUGGCAGAAGUCGGAGACGAAAACACACCACUGCUAAAAAACGACACUCCCGGUGAACCACCACCAAAUUAUAAUGAUGCUGUAUCACAGAAUGUCACUGUUCCACCAAUUGCACCAAAUGAGUUACCUCCCCCUUACACACCACAAGGUGGCCUACCGAUGAUCAACUGUAAAGUAUGUCAGGCUUUAAUAAACAUAGAAGGCAAAACCAAUCAACAUGUAAUAAAAUGUACUGUCUGUAAUGAAGCAACGCCUAUCAAAGCAGCACCACCUGGGAAACAAUAUGUAAGAUGUCCUUGUAACUGUUUACUUAUCUGUCGGAGCGGAGCUGCUAAAAUUGCUUGUCCUAGACAACAAUGUAAAAGAAUUAUCCAUCUUGGAAAUCCUGUUCCUAUGGUAACAGUGCGAGCACCAGGGUCAGCAAGAUUUGUUUGUGCAUACUGCACUCAAGUAUUUGUGUUUAAUCAAGGAAGUGCUUUGCUAGCCAGAUGUCCAUAUUGCAGACGGGUGUCUACUGCUGGAAAUUCAUCUGUUAGAGUGAGAGCAUGGAUAUAUUUGAUAGCUGGACUGAUAUUUUUGGGUGCUGGCAUAGGUGUUACAGUUGGUACAUAUGAGUUGGCUUCAGAAACUGGUGGUAUAUAUGUUGCAUGGAUAGGAGCUUUUGUAUCAGGAGUUCUCUUCCUUAUACGAGCUGGAUAUUUGUUUUCCAUCAGAAUGAGUGACUAUGCACCACCACAGUGAAGACUUAAAAUGACUUUCACAUGGACCAACUUAUUUAUAUACUUAAAUUUUGAUUUAUUCAAAAUUAUAUGAAACUGUGAUUAACAUUUUUUUAACUAUAAGUGUAUGUUAAGUGAUUGUUUGUAAAACAAUUUGUAGCUUUUGUGUCACAUAUAUAAAAUGCAUUUUAAAGUUAAUCAUAAUAUUAUAACUAAUAGAUCAUAUGUUGUAUGAUUACUUCAAUAUCUUACUCUAGAUAUGUGAAUGCUGCUUACAUGUUUAAUAUUUGCAACUUAAAUGCUGUAGUGACAAACAUGCUUUUCAAUUGUUUAAUAUACCUUUUUUUCUAAAAUUUGUUUGUUGUCAAGUUCAUCUAGAAAUAGAGCAUUUUAUAUCUUUGAAUUUUUAAUUGAUUUAAGAUAUAUCCAUGUUUGAAUUAUCAUUUUAUAACCAAACAUUCCCUUUUAUUAAUCAUUUUUGCAGUAUAUCCAGGGGUAAUGUCACUGUUGAGAGUAGUGAACUUUCCCAUGAGGUACUGAUGAUGAAAGUGAUAUGUGUUAAUAUUACUUCACAAAACACAUGUAAGGCUUAUGUGCUAUAUGUUUUAAGCAAAAUUAUACAGAGUUCCAGAUAAGCUACAUUUUGCUAAUUUUUGUCAUUAAAUUUGAUAAAAAAAUUUUUUGAAGAUUGUGUAUUAAAUAAGCUUUAAUAUUGUACAUGACCAAUCUUAAACAAUGUUUAUUAUAAAAUAGUGAGAAGCCUUUCCAGUUCAGUUCAGCUAUACAAAUUUACAACAAAAGCUUAACUAAAAGGUUUCAAUCAUGAUAACGCACAUGACUAUAAAAAAAAACUUUAUACUUAAAAUGAAAAGAAUUUCUUUAGCUUAUGAAAACCCACAUUAAAGAGUUCUUAUUAUGUUAUCAUUGUUAAAAAAAAUCUAUACCUGCUGUUAAAGGCAACACUUGAUAUAUUUACAUCAAUUAUAAAGUUGAAAGUUAUGUAACAAACUUUAGAAUGUAAUUAUGUUUUUAUCAAUCAGACAUUUUACUUAAACAUGGAAACGUUCAAAAGAUGAGUUGUGCUGCUGAUUAUCAUACACUCAAGUCACUUUAGUACAAGAAUAAAUUUACUGUAUUUGAGAACAUAGCAUCAUCACUCCAAGAUUUUACAGUUGAAAAAAAAAGCUAUUUACACUGCACUGACAGAAUACUCAAACUGUUACCAUAAAAUUAUUUACUAUAGGUUACAAUAACUUGUCUUAUAAUCACCAUUAUCAGCAAUUAAUACAUUUUCCCUUUGAUCUUACUGCCUAAUAUUUUUAAGAUCAUACACAGGACUUAGAUUAGGUAAUGACAUCAUGUAUUAGUUCAGCAACGUCACAUGCUCAAGUCCAUCUAGGUCAAGUUAUCAAUGAAAUGCACACAACUUCAUUCAUACAAUCGAACAACUAUCCCAACAUUUUGUACGCGUAAAAGUAUUUUUACUAACUAUUCCAUUUUACUUCAUAUAACCAAAAGAACAUACAGUUAAGGCAAAUUGCCAUAAAAAGAAGGAUGGCAUUUUAUUUUUUGAUACUGACUUCAUCAGCUCACUUGAUAUUCUUGCUGAUAAAAGUCAGUAUCAAAAACAAAAAUGCUAUUAUUCUAUAUGUAUUCUCCUUUUAUUGUCAGUUGAAGUUUAUGAACAAUCUUUUGCAAUGUUAUAAUUGUGUAUUUAAUAUAUUUAUAGGUGUGUAGUUCAUGAAUUAAAUGUAUUUUCAGCAUUAUAAUUGUAUCAUUUUUAAGGCUAAACUAUAUGGAGAACUAGUCUUUCUGUGAAUACACAAUUUAUGGCAUUGUUACAGUAAAACAUUAAAUACAACUGACUUUUCCCAAUGUGUUGGGGUCUAUGAACAAUCUUAUCUUUAAAUCAUUUUUAACUUUAUAUCAAAAGGAGUAUAGAAAGGUGUUCGAAGAAAAGUUUUCUGUUGGAAUAAAUUUAGCCCUGUACUUAGAAUCAGAAAUAAUUAGAAAAUAUCAACACAAUGGUAUGUCAAAAUUGUUACUUACGCCUGUUAGCACACUACUUUAAACCUCUAGUGCUGGAAUAUUCUGAAAUUCAAUAUUCUGAAAUACAGUGAUUUAUAAUUCGUAUUGUGUAUAUAUUUAGAAUUUGUAUGAUGUAUAUAAUUAAGUCUAGAUACAGUUAUGAUGAAUGUUAUUUGUGGAAGUGUUAUUAAAUUAAUUCUAAAUUAUUUUUGUUGUUAAAAGUAACAAAUGUGAUAUGUAACUUAAUUUUAAAUAAAAAAUUCUUUCCAUC